CAAAUUAUCAAGCCCAACCAGGCGCAGGGAAGAAUCGAGCGGUCCGGCUUUCUUUCUGCUUCGGCGAGUUCGGCAAAACCCCUACCAAAGGCCAAAAACCAAUUCCCGACCUCGAAAUCUAGCACGCAGGCACGCAGCGGCCCUCGUCCAUCUUCAGUCGCUGCCGGACGGCCAGGACGGCCAGGACGGCGCACGGUGGCUCAGGCGCUCAGCACUCGGACGGCGCACCGGCUGCUGCUGCUCUAAUUUCUCUUUGGUGGACGGUGGUAAUUGACUGCUUGGUAAAGUGAGACUUUGAGACGCUGAGAGCUGCUCUUCGGUGGUAACUGGUAAGCAGAGCUGCAGAGGCCUGAGUCCUGACUCCUGAGAACUGCUGCCUAAGUCCUAAGUGCUUAAGAGGCUUGCAGAACAGAGGUCAUCCGAAAUGGGGAUUUUUGAACCAUUUAGAGCCAUUGGAUAUAUAACAAACAAUGUUCCCUUCUCCGUACAAAGACUAGGCACCGAGACCUUCGUCACCGUUAGCAUCGGCAAAUCUUUCCAGAUUUACAACUGCGCUAAGCUCAGUUUGGUUCUAGUGGGCCCCCAAUUACCAAAGAAGAUACGAGCUCUUGCCUCCUACCGAGACUACACAUUCGCUGCCUAUGGAAAUGAUAUUGCAGUGGUCAAACGUGCUCAUCAGGUGGCUACUUGGAGCAGGCACAGUGCCAAGGUUAACCAUUUGCUGCUUUUUGGCGACCACAUCUUAAGUGUCGAUGUUGAAGGCAAUAUCUUGACAUGGAACUUUAAGGGAAUAAAUGAGAACCUUGCUCCAGCUGGACAUUUAUUGCUAGAAGGCAAAAUCACGCCUAGCUGCAUAAUGCAUCCAGAUACUUAUUUAAACAAGGUCAUUAUUGGAACUCAAGAAGGAACUCUGCAACUUUGGAACAUUAGCACAAAUAAAAAACUGUACGAGUUCAGUAGGUGGGGAUCUUCUAUAAAUUGCUGUAUUUCAUCUCCAGCACUAGAUGUUGUUGCUGUAGGAUGUGCUGAUGGGAAAAUUCAUAUUCAUAAUCUUCGUUAUGAUGAAGAAAUAGUUACAUUUACCCAUUCUUCCCGGGGUUCUGUUACUGCAUUAUCUUUUAGUACUGAUGGGCAGCCCCUUUUAGCAUCUGGAAGCUCAUCUGGUGUGAUCAGCAUAUGGAACCUUGAGAAGAGAAGGUUGCAUUAUGUCAUUAGAGAGGCCCACGAUUCCACUGUAGUCUCACUUCAUUUCUUUGCUAAUGAGCCUGUGCUUAUGAGCUCAUCUUCUGACAACUCAAUAAAAAUGUGGAUUUUUGACACAACUGAUGGUGACCCCCGUUUACUACGAUUCAGAAGUGGUCACAGUGCCCCCCCUUUAUGUAUCAAGUACUAUGCCAAUGGGAGACACAUUCUAUCUGCCGGUCAAGAUCGUGCCUUCCGCCUCUUCUCCGUUAUUCAGGACCAGCAGAGUAGAGAGCUUUCUCAACGACAUGUGGCUAAAAGAGCAAAAAAGUUCAAAUUGAAGGAAGAAGAGAUAAAGUUAAAGCCUGUUAUUGCAUUUGACGUUGCUGAAAUUAGGGAACGCGAUUGGUGCAAUGUUGUUACGUGUCACAUGGACACCACUCAAGCAUAUGUCUGGAGGCUUCAAAAUUUCGUUCUUGGCGAGCAUAUCCUUCGUCCAUGUCCAGAAAAUCCAACACCGGUCAAAUCGUGCACAAUAAGUGCAUGUGGCAAUUUUGCAGUUUUAGGGACAUUGGGCGGUUGGAUCGAGCGGUUUAACCUUCAAUCUGGAAUCAGCCGUGGCAGUUACAGUGACUACAAUUCACAAGAAAGAAAUGGAUAUGCCCAUGAUGGAGAGGUGAUCGGCAUAGCUUGUGAUUCUACAAAUACCCUCAUGAUAAGCGCGGGAUAUCAGGGUGAUGUCAAAAUCUGGGACUUUAAAGGAAGGGGGUUGAAGUCUAGACUAGACAUAGGUUGCUCUCUUAUUAAGAUCAUUUACCAUCGAUCUAACGGUCUUUUGGCAACUGUGGCGGAUGACAUGGUGAUCCGUUUGUAUGAUGCUAUUGCAUUGAGGAUGGUUCGAAAAUUUGUGGGCCAUGCGGAUCGCAUUACAGAUGUAUGCUUCAGCGAGGACGGUAAAUUGCUAUUGACAUCUAGCAUGGAUGGGACACUUAGAAUUUGGGAUGUUAUCCUAGCUAGACAGAUUGAUGCCAUACAAGUUGAUAUAGCGAUAACUGCGUUAUCUCUAUCUCCUAACAUGGAUGUCCUAGCCACCACUCAUGCUGAUCAAAAUGGCGUAUAUCUAUGGGUCAACCAAGCCAUGUUCUCUGGAGCUUCUAGUUUUGAAUCUUAUGGAAGUGGAAAAGAAGUUGUGCAUGUUAAGAUGCCCUCAAUUUCCUCCGUCGAAGAAGAAGCUUGUCAAAAUAAUGAUGGGAAGGACACUGUAAUAAAGACUCAAGAGAAGUUUCUCGAAUCUUCUCACUUUGUGACUUCUGACCAGCAAAUUCCAGAUCUAGUAACACUAUCACUAUUGCCGAAGAGUCAGUGGCAAAGUUUGAUCAAUUUAGACAUCAUAAAGGAGCGAAACAAACCGAUUGAGCCUCCAAAGAAACCAGAGAAGGCUCCGUUUUUCUUACCCUCAAUUCCGUCUUUCUCUGGUGAGAUUUUAUUUAAACCUAAUGAAGAAGUUGCCAAGGAGAAGGUUUCACAAGAUGGUGAACAGGAGGAGAUCCACAGAAAAACUAAUCUUCCGGUCUCUCAGUUCUUGCACGUUCUUCAGUCAUCCGCAGAGAGUCAAAAUUUUACAGCAUUCACUGAUUAUAUUAAAAGUUUGUCUGCUUCAAUGCUGGACAUGGAAAUGCGAGUGCUUCAACUUAUUGAUGAUGAGGAGGAUGUUGUGAUGGAAAGACAAGAAUUGUACUUCAUUGAAUUGCUGCUGGAUUAUUUUAUACAUGAGAUUUCAUGCAUGAGCAACUUUGAGUUCAUACAGGCUCUUAUUAGAUUGUUUUUAAAGAUCCACGGUGAAGUAAUACGUUGCAAGCCACAGUUGAGGGAAAAGGCGCAGAAACUUCUAGAAAUCCAGUCAAGCGUUUGGCGAAGAGUUGACAAGUUAUUCCAGAGUAGCAGAUGUAUGGUCGCAUUCCUUAGCAAUUCCCAAUUUUGACUAUUUAGCUUGAUUCUCCUUUUGUUUGAUUGUUUGAGUACCCCCUCCCCCGGAAAUGUUUGAGGAACCUUUGGAAAUGUGCAUCGGUUUUGGAAGAACGAGCCUGCAUUAAUUAAGUUAAAAGGCCAUGAUAGCAAGGAGACUUAUUUUUCUUCAAAGGCAUGACUUGCACUGAGAUCACACUUUAUUGUCAUUAGGCAUGGCAUAAGAGCAAGCUGCUGGUUUUGCCUGUGCACCAUUGUGCAUGUUUUAAACUAUUUAGUAUUUAUUGGGCACAAACUGGAGAUGGUCAAGUGGCUGGUCUUUUUUUGGGUGAACGGUUAGAUAUAUGUUUGUUAUCAAAUACACAUACACAGGGUAUACCCCAGAUCAGCACUAAACCAUCAACACAAACUGUGUUAGCAAUUUGCUUCCCACAGAAGCACAGACAAAAAAUCAACUACAUAAACCAAGUGCUGUUAUAUAGGUAAGUGAUAGUGUGUUAUUCGCACGCCAUUUAUCGAAUAUUUAGCAUUGAAAAGUACCAUUCUAUUAUUGUAUACAAAGAUUUCUUUUACUAUAUACAAAGAUGAAAUAACG